AUGUCGUUGUUAUUGGGCACGUGGAUUCAGGAAAGUCAACAACCACUGGUCAUCUUAUUUACAAAUGUGGUAAAAGAAGCAGCUGAACUUGGAAAAGGUUCAUUCAAAUAUGCCUGGGUAUUGGACAAAUUAAAAGCUGAACGUGAACGUGGUAUUACUAUUGAUAUUGCUCUUUGGAAAUUUGAAACCCCAAAAUACUAUGUUACUGUCAUUGACGCCCCAGGACAUCGUGAUUUCAUCAAGAACAUGAUAACUGGUACAUCUCAGGAGAGAUUCAACGAAAUUGUUAAAGAAGUUUCCGGUUUCAUCAAACGUGUAGGUUAUAACCCCAAGACUGUUGCUUUCGUUCCUAUAUCCGGAUGGCACGGUGACAAUAUGUUGGAAGAGUCUCCAAAUAUGGGAUGGUUCAAAGGAUGGCAAAAAGAUAUCAAGGGCGGAAGCGCUAAAGGAAAAACACUUUUGGAAGCUAUUGAUUCCAUCGAACCUCCAUCAAGACCUACCGAUAAACCUCUCCGUCUUCCACUUCAAGACGUCUACAAAAUUGGUGGUAUUGGUACCGUUCCAGUAGGUCGUGUCGAAACUGGUAUCAUCAAAGCCGGUAUGGUCGUAACUUUUGCCCCAGUAGGUUUAACCACUGAAGUUAAGUCAGUUGAAAUGCAUCACGAACAAUUAGUCGAAGGUGUUCCCGGUGACAAUGUUGGUUUCAAUGUCAAGAACGUGUCAGUCAAAGAAAUUCGUAGAGGUUAUGUCUGUUCCGACUCUAAAAACGAUCCUGCAAAAGAAGCCGGUUCAUUCCAAGCUCAAGUCAUUGUUUUAAAUCAUCCUGGACAAAUUGGUGCCGGUUAUGCUCCAGUAUUGGAUUGUCAUACUGCUCAUAUUGCUUGUAAAUUCGCCGAAUUACAAGAAAAAAUUGAUCGUCGUUCCGGAAAAAAACUCGAAGAUAAUCCAAAAUUCGUUAAAUCUGGUGACGCUGCUAUCGUUAAAAUGAUUCCUUCUAAACCAAUGUGUGUCGAAGCUUUUGUUGAUUAUCCACCUCUAGGACGUUUUGCCGUAAGAGAUAUGAGACAGACGGUUGCUGUCGGUGUCAUUAAGAGUGUUGAAAAAGUUGAAAAAUCCGGCAAGACAACUAAAGCAGCAGUUAAAGCUAGCAAAAAAUAG